AUGACAGACGGAUCGUCUGCUGCCGAUGCCGGCUCGAGCCCGCUUGCCAAGCGACAGAAGCUUGAUGAUGGACCCGCCGUCCCCUCCAGCACCGAGGCGGGUGCCGAGACCAGGAUGACCGAAGCACGCGCCGGCAUCACCGCAUACGUCGAGCCGAAGCUGGCCGGCUUUCAGGGCAUCAUCAAGCAACGCUUCACAGAUUUUAUGGUCAACGAGAUCGACCUCACGGGCCAAGUCUGUCGCCUCACCUCGCUCGAUCCUACCCCGGGCAAGUACCUGCAGCAGCUUCGACCGGAGGACGCCCCCGCACGCUCCGCCGAGCAAGAGAAACAAGCAGCGGAGCAGGCCGCAAAGGAGCAGGUGAAGGCGGCGGUACAAGGAGGCAUGUGGCCCGAGGAGGCGGAUUCGAAGCUGGCGACGUUCUUUACGAACGAGGCGAUCGUCGGGCUCAAGGAGAUGUGGGCCAAAGGGCGGCAGAGCGAGAACAUGGCAACGGGUGCCAAUGCGACGCUCGUCUCGGCAGCCAGCAUCACAACACGGCCGUUGGAGGACAAGGAGCAAAGGACGCAGGUGCACAAGCUUGUGCGCGAGCUGUUUGCAGGAAAGCUCGCGACCGACUCGUGUACGGUCAGGCCCCGGGGCUCUCGGGCCGGAGACGAUGACGAAGACGCCAUGGCGAAUGGCGGCGGCUCGGCGGCUGCGACGAGGAUCGCUGUGCGCUGGGCGAAUAGGUCGGACCGACGGGCGGGUGAUGGAUUGUCCGAAGAGGCGAACAACUCGCCGCCGUACAUCCACUUUUUGCUGCACAAGACCAACCGCGACCACCAGGAGGCUAUGGGCAUGCUUGCCGAGAGCCUGAGGCUCGGAGGUGGAGGUGGCGCGCGCGGGAGAGGCCGAGGAAGGGGAGGCUUCGGUGGACGCGGAGGAGGCAGGCCACCAACCAAGGAUCUGUCGGUGGCAGGCACCAAAGACAAGCGUGCAGUGACCGUGCAGAGGGUCUCGCUCAAGCGCAACCGCAAGACGCUCGACGACGUAUACCGGCUGGUCAACGGCAUCAACGCCGACAUUGCUGCAGGCGCAGAUGCGAAUGCCAAGGGCAAGGGUAAAGGUCGGACCGUGGCAGAUGCCGUGAGCAAGAGGGCUGAUCGUGGCCUGCGCAUCGGCCAUCUCGAGUACGCCUCGCAGCCGCUGAAGCUCGGCCAGCUCAAGGGCAACGAGUUUACCAUCACGCUGCGCAACGUGCGACCGAGCACGGGCGGCGAGGUGGACGACGCAUUUGUGUCGGGCGUGCGUGCGUCGAUGGACGUCAUCCGCGACCAGGGGUUCAUCAACUACUUUGGCAUGCAACGCUUCGGCACGGGUGCGAUCCCCACCCAUCACAUCGGCAUCUUGAUCCUCAAGAACGACUUUAAACAGGCCGUCGAGCUGCUCAUGACGCCUCGAGCCGCGUCCGGACCCGAUGCGGAUGAUGGCGACUCCGCGGACUUACUCCGUGCCAAACAGCUGUAUGGAGAGGGAGAGCUGGAAAAGGCCUACCUUGCGGUGCCUAGGCACUGCGUUGCGGAGAAGCACAUUCUCGAUAAGAUGCGCAGUAACAGGUGGAACCAGGGCGACUGGACGGGUGCGUUUGGCAAUGUGCCGCGGACGCUUCGGCUUAUGUACGUGCAUGCGUAUCAGUCGUAUGUAUGGAAUCGCCUUGUCUCGGAGCGGAUUUCGCGCUUCGGCACGCACGCGGUGGAAGGCGAUGUCGUCUUCACCGACAAUACGGAUGACUGGGACGCAUAUUCGACUGGACACGAUGCUGAAGAUGCCGAUGAAGAUGACGAUGAUCUCCGCAACGCCAAGCCCGAGCUGGCUACGUGGCAACGACCUACCAAGCAGCUGUCUGCCGCCGACCUUGGUACGGCGAGUAUCUACGAUGUAGUGUUGCCGCUUCCGGGUUCGUCCAUCGACCUGCCGGAGGGAUGGAUGUCGGAACUCUACCACACGAUCCUGGCUGCGGACGGGCUGAGGCAUGCUCAACUGAGCGCAUCCAAGAUCCCAGAGUAUCAGCUGCGCGGAUCGUACCGUCGUAUGCUCGUGCGUCCGCGCGCGUUCGAGUACAACAUCACCCAGUACACCGAUCCCGACAUCGCCCUCACGCUCACCGACGAAGAACGAUGCCUCGGCCUUCCACCCACCACCGACGCAGACACGGCAGCAGAAGGCCAAAAGUUCACCGCACUCACACUCAAGUUCCAGUUGCCCUCGUCGUCGUAUGCCACCAUGCUGAUGCGCGAGGCACUCAAAAGCGAUACCGCCAGCUUCAAACAUCGCCAACUCACCCAGGCCAGCCAAGACCAACACUUCAAAGGCUCCGCCACCCAAUGA